CUUCAAUCCCAAUUGGGUUAGAGCAACUUUGAGCUUACCAGAAGUUACAAAAACGACUCAUUUCCUAUGGAAAUUAAGGUCAAAUUCGAAUGACUCACACCAAAUACCAUGGGAAGCACCUAGAUUUGUGGUAAAAAUCCAAUUGGUAGUGAAACUGCAGUUUUACCAUUGUGGUUAGGUUGGGUUAGGUGAGAUUAGGAGGAGGGGAUAACUAAAAAACGACUCAUUUCCUAUGGAAAUUAAGGUCAAAUUCGAAUGAAUCACACUAAGUAACAUGGGAAAAAAGCCUAGAUUUCUGGUGAAAACCAAUAGGGAGUGAAACUGCAAUUUUACCCUAAAUUUUCCCUCACAAUUUUCUGGAUUUGUGGCGGGCCUGCCAGCUCCAGAUGGAAUGUCAUUCUUUCGUCUGCCUCGUUUCAUUAGACGGUUUAUACGCCGCCGCACUUCAGAAAUCCCCCAGGACCGAGCAAGUCGUGUGAAGAUCAACCUGUCCCUGGCCUAUGCAUUUAUUGGAUGGAACUUGUUUGGUUUUUUAGCCUAUAUGAUUUACUCUGAACGUAUUAAGAAAGUUGAGGAUGAUGGUAGCUUGUCUCAAGGUCGCAAGUUUGUCAAGAUGCUCAAGUUGGAAAAUGUUCAUUUGUACCAUAUUGAUGGCUUAAAGUCAGUAGAACAUUUUGACCUGAAUCAGGAGUUUACAAAGAAAUCUGAAGCAACUACAAGUCAGGAUGAUCAAAAGCUGGAGCAUCUCCAGAAGGAAUCCUAAACUCUUAAAGUUGUAAUAUUGUUUUAUGGAUUUUUAUCCAUACACGACCCACCCAUGACAAACUAGUAAUAUCCUUGAGGAGAGAGUGAGUGUCCUGUGAAACAGAUCUUGAUAUACUGUACAGAGUAGUGAAACAGAAUGGUUUGUUACAUUAAGCUUGAAAACUCGUAAAUGACAAAGAAGGAUCCUAAAAUUAUUUUCUAACAUGUUAAAAUAUCUCAAUUUUGUAGGAAGACUUAAAAUGGUCAACUUAUUACACAGAACAUUUAUUUCAUAUACUGUAAGAAGAGGACUUUACUUUUCUCAUGGUAUGAAAGUGCCAGUAAAGGAGGCACCAACAUCUGCCUUAUAUAUGCCAGGAAAUAAGGCAACCACUAUGGAUUGUGCUGUUUCUCCCUAUCUAGAUUUUUCCAAGCGCUUUGAAAAUUUAAGUGACCUAAAGAGUAAUGUUAAUCAGCGUGGAUUAAACAUAAAUAUCCAUGACAUUAUGAACAAGUGGACUACAUGGAGACAAUUGGAGUGCCAUAGAUUGGAACUUGAGGAAGAAAGGGUUGUUAUAGCAAAGAAAAUAAAAGGUUUAAAGAAUAAUUCUGAUCAGGAUAAAUUAAGGGAACUGAAACAACAUGGAAAGAAAAUUCGAGAGCAGUUAAAAGCUUUGACCCAAGAGCUAUGGGAUUUGGAAGAGGUUGCAGUAAUUGGAGCUUUGCAACUUCCAAAUCAUCUACAUCACUCUACUGGCCAUUGUAAUAAGUUGUUAUUUAGCUUAUUUGAGAAACCAGCCUUCAGUUAUCAGCCCAAGGACCAUCUUGAACUAGGAGAAAUCAAUGGGGAACUAGAAUUUAUGAAUAAUUCUCCCUCUGCAUACUAUCUAAAGAAAAGGCUGGCCAUACUUGAACUUGCAUGUAGUGACUAUUUUACGUCAAAUUUUAAAGCUAUUGGGUACCUCCAGCAAUCGAAUCCAGAUUUUGUAAAGGAAGUUGUUGUAGAGGGUUGUGGUGUGCAAUAUGCUGACAGGGACAGCUUCAAUAAACUAAGUACUUCUGAGGCAGAUCAGGAUAAGAAUUCACAGCAUCUAGUAGGUGGUGGAUCUUUAGCAGCAUUUUCAGCUUAUUUUACAAAACAUCUUAUAGAAAAGUCAGAAUUCCUGCCUCAAAAAGUAAUUACUGCAGGCCGGAAUUAUAUUCCAACAAACUCUGAAUUCCCAGGCCUAUUUGGCUGCAGGCAGUCUACAGUUGUUGAUGGUUUUGUUGUACAUGAAUGUAAACCUGUGCAUGAGUUGGAGGUAUUAGAUGAAGCACUGCUGGCAUUGAUCCAGAGCUACAAUAAACUUGGACUGCAUUACAGGGUAAUUCAGUAUUCUCCCCAACACCUAUAUACACAUGAAUCAGCUGCUAUAGGAUUGCAGAUGUUUUCCCCAAGCACGGGGGAGUAUCAUGAGGUUGGACGAGUUUCUCUAUGUGGCGAUUACAUUAGUAAGAGGCUUUGGACUAUUUGUAAGACCCAUUCCAAGUCAGUCAGUUUUUUAUCUAUGAUGCACAUAAGAGUUUGUAAUGUUACUCGAUUAUUGGGACUCUUACUUGAAAAUAAACAAAAGGAAAAUGGUACUUAUGAUAUUCCAGAGUCUUUACAAUUCUUCGUUAAUGCUCUUUAGGGACUCAUGAUUUGAAAUUACUAAAUGGUUUGUAGUCACUGUAAUGUAGCAAUGGAAGUUGAUAAUUAAAACUUUUUAACAAGAGAAAAAAGUCUACAGUACUUGUGACAAACCCAGAAUGUUGCAGUUAUGACCUUAGCUUCACUUGAGUACAGUACAGUACAGUCUUGUUGUGCUGUAGAUUGAGGCAAAGUUGUGAAAUUUCAUUGAAAAAAGUUGGAUUUGACUCGAGUGCUUCAUUGGUACUGUAAUAUAAUUUAAAACAAUAGAAGAGCAAUAGUUAUCUGAUUUUUAGCUCACCAGCAUAACAUACAGAGGAGCUAUACAGUAUUGUAACCCUGGCAUUGUAGUUGUCAUUACAGUUAACAGUUAUUAAGUUUUGUUUUCUAAUGAACAGCACUUAUUUCAGUUACUCUUUACCCAGCUCCUUUAUUCUUGGAAAGCAACAUCAUUGUGUAUUGUAGGUGAACUUAUCUCUCUCUUGUCACAUGUACUACAAUAUGAUAUUGUAUAAUUAUGUGCAGUAGGAUGUAUUGAUUAAUGGUAUCAGUGCUAUCAACAAUCCUUGAAUACUGUAUAAUGAUUAUUCUUUUUGAAUAAUUUAAAGACUUGUAUAUAUCUGUGCAAUUAAUGUGCAAUUAAUAAAGUGGUGUAGUCUUAGUA